GUAAACUGUUUGAGGACCAGGACCUGAAGAAGAAGUCUUCCUCAGCCAAGGUGUCUUCUGGAGUGCUGACCAGGGAGGUUACAUGGAGGGAGACAUCUUUUCUUGGAAGUGAUGAACCUAAAGGGACGAGGUGAGGUUGAGUAAAAAAAGAGAGGCAGCCUGAAGAGGAUCAUACCACAGAGGGAGAGAGCUGGAGAUGUAAAGAAAGGACGGCGGAGCAGAUAAAAAGAUUGAGCGCCUCUCUCCUCGCUGCCAUAAGAACAAAAUGUCGGGCUGGCCUCCCCCCGGCCCAGGCUCCUGGGGUGGACUGCAGGGGCCCCCGUACAGCUGGGACAGCAUGAACAGCUCCAGGGAGGGACGGGACGGCCUCACCAGCCAAGUGUCCCAGAGCAGCUCCCUGGAGGAGGUUCACCUGGACGGGGUCCCUCCCGCCCCUCGCUUGGUGGAGAUGAGACGGGACCCGGUCCUGGGUUUCGGCUUCGUGGCAGGCAGCGAGAAACCGGUGGUGGUCCGCUCUGUCACUCCAGGUGGUCCAUCGGAGGGGAAGCUGUUGCCAGGCGAUGAGAUCAUCAUGAUCAACGAUGAACCUGUCAGCUCGGCCCCGAGGGAGCGAGUCAUCGACCUCGUCAGGAGCUGCAAAGAAUCCAUCAUGUUGACUGUUGUCCAGCCGUAUCCUUCCCCUAAAUCAGCGUUCAUCAGUGCAGCCAAAAAAGCCAUGCUCAAGUCCAAUCCGGUCAAAGUGCGCUUUGCAGAGGAGGUCAUCAUAAACGGCCAGGUUCCAAACCCGGUGAAGGACAACUCUCUUCUGUUCAUGCCAAAUGUCCUGAAGGUCUACCUGGAGAACGGGCAGACAAAGUCUUUUCGCUUUGACAGCAGUACCUCUAUCAAGGACGUGCUCCUGACGCUGCAAGAGAAGCUGUCGAUCAAAUGCAUCGAGCACUUCUCCCUUGUGCUGGAGCAGAGGACGGAAGGCUCUGGAAGCAAACUGCUUCUCCUGCACGAACAGGAGAUGCUCUCUCAGGUGACCCAGAGGCCCGGCUCUGACAAGAUGAAGUGUUUCUUCAGAGUCAGCUUCGUGCCCAGAGACCCCGUGGAGCUGCUCCGGAGAGACGCUGUGGCAUUUGAAUACCUCUAUGUACAGAGUUGUAACGACGUGUGCUUGGAACGGUUCGGACCGGAGCUGAAGUAUGACGCCGCGCUCCGACUGGCCGCGCUGCAGAUGUACAUCCUCACCAUGACAACCAGGCAGAGCCAGAAGGUCUCGCUCAAGUACAUCCAAAAGGAGUGGGGUCUGCCGCUCUUCCUGCCUCCCGCCGUGCUGUCCAGCAUGAAGGAGAAAAACAUCAAGAAGGCUCUGACGCACAUCCUCAAAACCAACCAGAACCUCGUGCCUCCGGGGAAAAAACUGACUGCUUUGCAGGCCAAGGUGCAUUACCUGAGGUACCUCAGCGAACUCAGACUGUAUGGAGGGAGGGAGUUCAAAUCAAUACUUUUGCAAGGGGAGAAACAGACAGAUGUGACGCUGUUAGUGGGCCCACGUUACGGCAUCAGUCACGUCAUCAACGCCCGGACCAACCUGGUGGCCCUGUUGGCUGACUUCAGCCACGUCAACCGCAUCGAGAUCCUCACCGAGGAUGACACCAACGUCCGACUGGAGCUGCAUGUGCUGGACGUCAGGCCCAUCACAUUGAUUAUGGAGUCGAGUGACGCAAUGAACCUGGCCUGUUUAACAGCGGGCUACUACCGCCUCCUAGUGGACGCAAGGAGAUCUAUCUUCAGCAUGCCCCACUGCAACAGCACUGGAGGGGAUGACAACAGUCAGGAUCGUGUCUUGGAGUGGCCAUACAGCACAUCUUUAGGGAACAACGAGGAGCCAUCACUCAGGCAGGAGGAGGACUACGACAGGGACUCUGAGUAUCCAGACAACGGGCAGAGAGAGAACAGCAUCUCUCCCUACUUCCACGAACCGCAAAACCCCGACCUUGGGCCUCAGAGAAGUCUGUUGCCCCCUCCUCUUCCCCCUGCUACCAGACACAAAACUCAAGACUCACCGCGGAGCGCUAAAGUGUCAUUUAUUUUUGGGGGGGACCCGCCGUUGAACAAGGCAAAGAACAUGGGCUAUGAAAGACUGCUGGAGAGCCCUGAGGUACCCGAGCACAGACCGCCCUACAUGCACAACAACACAGACUUUCAGCCACAGGACAGGGUGCCAUUUCAGUUCAGUGGCCUCACGCAUGUCUAUAGUAACAUUAUAAGCGAGGAAGGUGGCGAAGAGCCACUGCUAAGGGAUCUGUUUUACCGUGACACAACUGACGACGCAGAGGAUGACGACGAUGCCUCCUGUGAAGAAGACUCCACAGGUGGAACACCGGUGGGUGACGACAGAGGAGGAGGAGGAGAAAACUGUGGGAACCAAGGGGGAGGGUUAGCCACGGCCGCCGGCAAAUCUACUUUCCUGACGCUCUCUGGUUCCACUGAUGACAUCAUCGACCUGACAUCACUGCCUCCUCCUGAGGGAGACGACGGCGUCGACGAGGAAGACGAUGACACGCUGCUAGAGACGCUCAACCUUGCGAUUGCGGCUCCACCACCGGGCUUCCGGGACAGCUCGGAUGAGGACACAGCCCCUGAGGGAAGGCCACUGAGCACACAUGACAAUGACGAUAUCCCAGUAUCGUUAAUUGACGCCGUUCCAACACAUGAGGAGGGGGAAGGGAGCAUGGGAGGAGAGAGAAGGCUGGAGAAUGCAGUCGUGAAUACUCUACAGGCGCUGGAAGCUUUGUCUGUCUCUGAGCAGAGGCCUCCCCCGCCACCACCCAACAGUAACAACCCAGGGGUGUAUGCAUCUCGAGGCUUCAGCCCAGAGUCGUCCUCGGAUUCUGGCAAUGAGACCAACUCCUCAGAGAUGACUGAAAUCUCUGAAUUGGCUGCUACUCACAGGCUCAGUGAGAGCCACAUGCGUCUUCUAGUGGCCACAAGGGAAGGGUACCAACCUUUACUCGAGGAGAAAACAGAAUUCCCCGUCUCACCCAGUACAGGAGGAACGAUACAGAAGAAACCCCGUAGUCCAACACGGCACCUUCAGCCUCCAGCAGUUCCUCCAAGACGGAGCCCCCUCUUGGACACCGCAUCAUCGGGGCCAAACAGCUUGGAGGUGAGGCCCCAGACUAACUUCUCAUCCACUCUACAGCGCCCAAGUUCCACCACACCAGGAGGCAAGCAUCACAAAAAAUCUGCAGACUCCAGCGGGAAAUAUAACACUUUCAGCACGAGGGAUUUGCAUCGAGGGGAGAGUAGUGGGAGCCGCAGUCGUCUGGACUUGGACCAGCGCACGUCAUUUUGCGAGCGAGGGGAGGGUCAAAGAAGACAAAGUGCUUUUUUGGCAGAAAACUGUGCAGCUGAGGGCCUUGCAAUGAAUAGCCUUUCUCGUGACCAUCACAGAGUUCCCCGCCCUCCUUCCUCUACCUCUGAUAAUAUGUUAGAUGUAGUCAACAUGGGGAACUGUAAUGUAGAUAAUGGCGCUGCAGCAGUUGAGCAAGACGAACAUCUAGUUGUAGCAUCGUUGCUGUCCCCAACCAAAAAAUCCAGAUCAGCAGGGUCUGACCAGGGAUCGGACAUACAGAGUGACCAUCAGCCGAUUUCUAGACAGCAGAGUGUUGCACGGCUGUGUGAGUACCAUCUAGCGAAAAGGAUUUCAAAUUUGCAAGGAGAAGCCCACAGUUCACUACAGGGCUCUCUGUGCUCAUCCCUAGAUGCUGGUGGCAGCACAAACAGUAGUGCCUGUGCCACCCCAACUGACUCACCACUUGGCCCUGGUGCAGUUGAGUCAAAACACCACCAUUUGCAAAGGCACCCGCUUUCUAGUUCCUCCUCCUCAUUACUCAGGGUGCUAAACUAUGAUGAUAACAAACCGGGAAUCCCUCGCGGCAUCCCUGUCCAGGGCCCUCAGGGAAAGGACCUCCACCCUCACGCAGACCCUGCCCUCCUUCGGAAAAUGCUGCCCAACAUUCACCCUCCUGCUGCGGGAGGUGAACCAGGGCGCCCUUCUUCAGCCACGCCAUCUAAGCAUAAAGAGACCACAGGUACUGGAAGCAAAAGAUCCAACAAUGAACUGCAUGCUAAACAGCAGGCCUGUCUCAAGGGGCUGAACCAGAAGGAAGGCAGUGAGGCCUACAGACAGCUGAUUAACUAUCUAACUGUCAGCCAGAUGCAUCAGGGAGGGAAACUGCAUAGUGCAGGCAUGGGAGGGGCAGUUAAAAAGGACACCAGGCGCUUUAUCACUAGCAACCCUCAGCUUGUUGAAAUGGUAAAGAACAGGGGGAAUACUAUUGCUCGCUGCCCAUGUAUGCCUUCCUCCAUAUCAUCCCCAUUCCUCAGUCCAAAUUUAGUAAACCCUAAUUCAGCCACCAUGCAGCUGGCAAAUAAAAAUCAACGGUCAUACCAUUCAGCCACACUUCCUGCCAAACUCAAGAGAAGUCCUGACAUGCAUGCUCAGAGAGUGAAUGACACUCUAGAUUUCAGGCCAGCUACUGCUGAGAGGAGGAGCUCCUUUUCUGGCCUGGAAAGUGAACUAGAGAGGAGUGGCAUGGACCCAGAGCACUUCCUGUCACUGUAUAAGCGAGAGGGCUGUAUCAGCCGUGAUGGUGGAUUUAUUCCAGGUGGAAACCGUGAGGGUGGGGGCACCAUUAAUCGUGCCCCACCUCGGUCAAGAAGCCAACCUAGUGGCACCACAGAGGACUGGUUCAGAUCAGAUCCGAGAGCAAAGCAUGCUGUUCGUCAGUCUUCUCGUCCUAAUGAUUCUCUUUGUUUCUCUGCUGCCCCCAGUGUAAGUGGUCAACGAGCAGACCUCAACACCAUCACACUAGGAAGGGGAGACCAUCCUUCAGCUUUUAUCAGACAGACAUCUGCUGGCAAUAGGGCUUGCAUUACAUCUCCAACUCCCAGCUCACAAUCUCAACCUCCUCCACCUCCUCCCCCACCACCUCCUCCAUUGCCCCUUUCCAUGCAAGCCAACGUUAGCUCCACCAACUCAGGAUGCACACAGAAUUCCAUUCAUCCCACCCAGUCCCGGCAGAAUCAGAACCACAUUCAUUCUGUCACUCCAACCCUGCAACAGACAGAUCCCUUCAGCAAUAAUCUGCAACGGGGCCGGGAGCUCAAACGCAGCUGCAGCAAUGUGACUGCCAAUUCUGGUAGUGUGGAGGUUCUGUUUGACAAGCCCAGCCGAAGCCGGAGCCAGCAGCCCUUGAUGCCAUCUGUGCCCCAGCAAGGUGAGACCAAAGUCCAGCGGAGGCCAACGAGGAAGCGGCUCUCCAAGAGCUAUUCCCAGGGCUCUGUGUCUUCUCAUACCACGUGCUGGUCUACAGGCAAUAGGGUAGACAGUAGAAGGGCGUCUGUGGCAUUUCCAUUGCAAAAGGAUGCUAAACACAUGAAGGGCUCUCAAAAACUGGACAACAGUCCCUGGAGGUGCAACGGGCCUUUUAGCUACUGCUUCUUUAAACGUAAGAGUGAGGGUGAAGAUGAUGAGAUUGAAUGGGAGAGGCCGAGACGCAGCCGUGGCGAUAUUGAUCAUGACGAUCCAGCUGCAGCCAUAUUGCCCUGUGGCUCAGCAGUGGAUGCAGCUGGGGAGCAGCUGUACGGGGAGGUCCUCAAUAACAUGAGCUUCAGUGACCGUCUCGCACGAAUCAACGCACUGAAGGACCGCAUGUAUGGCUUCCCAUCCGGCUUCACUGACGUACGCCGUGAUGCCAGCGAGCUCAUCGCACUGGUGAGAUCCAGCAUAGGUCGCUGCGACCGUGGACCCCAGAUGCCUCUGCAGGACGUGUCCCAGUACAAGCAGCUCCUCUCUGUUGAGUCGAAAGAAUUAGGCCGGGCGUGCCGGCGGAUGGCACAGGCCCACAGUAGUCCUGAGGAGAUGCUGCUAGCUGUCACCUGUAGCUUCCAGGUGCUAUGCUGCCUCUGUGAAGCUUGUAUGUGUCUGGUCAGGGGUCUCGGGGCCUCAGCCUCACAUCAACAGAGAGAGGUUGUGGCAAAGGUUGACGAGGUUGUCAUGAACUACAUCUGUCUGCUCAAAGCAGCAGAGGUUGCCACUGUUGGAGCACCAGGGGAGCACAGUGUGAAAGCCCUGGUCCGCCACUCGAGCACCAUGUCGGCCAUUGCUAACGCACUCACCCGCUCCCUUAAAACGCUGCUUAGCAAGUAGAGGCUACUCCUUAUGCUUUAUAGUGUGGACUACACGGUCAGCAUAAGUCUGUCUUUAAGCAUUUUGCUAUUUUUGAGUCUGCUGGAAGAGUCAUUUUUCGUAUACGGUCUGGAUGGAAAUCUAUAAAGUGUAUGACUCGCUGCAGUUACGCUCAAAGUUAAAAUGACAUACAACUCUCACUGUAAAAAUUAGUAAGAUGCUGAAAGGCAGUCAUAUCUGACUGCACUUGCUUUUUCUGAUGACAAUAUUGUAAUGUAUAUUUACAAAGCCAUACUGUCACAGAACGUUGUAAUGAUACCUAAUAGAUACCCUUUUACCUGUGCAUUAUGUAACUUAUUUAAAAGAUGUAUAUAAUGUACAUAAAUACAAUAUAAUUAUAUUGUUUGCCGUAGCAGUUUCAAGAAGCCGUUGAGUUUCAGUUUAAUGUGCUCUAACAUUGUACAGGGCUGGAGUGAAUUCACUUUUUAGUUCAAUCAGUUCAUAAAAGUGCAGUUUUACUACAGAUAUUUAUAGUUGUGAUUAUAAUAAAUUACCUGUAGAAAUGUAAGUAAAAAUGUUUCACUGUCAGUCCAGUGACUUUAUUCACACUAUAAAUAUUAGCUUGAAUUUCUGAAUGACUGUGUAAAAGUGAACUGAUUUCAUCCCUGUUGAAUUGCGAUGCAGGUUUUUAUUUUUUUUUCUUUUCUGGAUGAUGGGAGGAACAUUUAUUAGAAAUGCUGGAAAAACAGGGACACUAGAAUUGCACUGCAUUUACCACUGCUUCAUAUUUUACCACAUAGAUUAUUUUCAGACAAGAAUGAUAAUAGUAAAUAUAAAAAUAUUCCCCGAAAAAAUGAAUAUGUAAAGCUAUGAUAAUACUAAGAUAUUUACAAUUUAGAAAAGAGAUAAUAAUUUAUGCAGGUUGUUUCAGAUCGACCGCUGUGUUAAUUAUAUGAUUAUUUUUAAGUUAUUGUGUUUUAUUAUCAUGUGUUUUGGAAUAAGUUCUGUGCUUGAAUGAUUUAUUAUUCCACACUAUGUAUCAAGGUACAGUAAUGACUCUUGGCACAAUAAAUUCACUUCCUGUUUUUUUUGUUUUUUUUUGUUUUUUCAAUGAUCCAUGAAUCUAUUAAAAAAAACAUUUUACAGAUAUUUUUGUGUCUCUUACUAUGUGUCCUUUGGUUUUACUGUUUCACUGUCGCAUACAGUCAGCACCGGCAUGUUCAGAGCGUGAGUCCAUCCAAGAAUAAAAGUG